AGCCGUUGAUGACCUGGUUUGUGAAGUACAGAGACAGUGUGGCUUAACGUCAAAUUUUAGACUGCAGUUCAUGGACUCACUGUUUGGAAAUGACCUGAUUUCCAUGGACAAAUUACAGGAUAGAGGGACAGUUAGAGUAAUUCCAGAUGCCUUAACUCUCAUGAAUGCUGGAAGCCCCUCCACCUCAACUGCUGCUCCUUCCACCAGUCCUAAUUUUGAAGGACCUUCAUCGCCAUCUGCUAACAGUGUUGACACCGACAUCAUCUCUUCCCCAGAGUCUGAGCCAUCUGGGUCAAGGUCACUUUGGCCUCCCACCUUCCAGUGCCCUAUUUUUUUUUAUGAUGCAGAAUUGAAACUUCAGAGGGCAAAUGCAGCUUACAAGGAGAAGGGUACCUUGCGUUUUGCAGAUGCAGACCCUAAACUGAAAUCAGACAUUCUCCAUGGACAAACUCAAGAAAUAGUCAAGUAUGGUGUUUAUGUCACUGACAAGCAGUUUAGCAAGGUUGGGAAGGCUCUCAUUUCCAAGCACAACAAACAAACAAACAAAGAGAUCCGAAGUCAACUACUGCCCUGGUUAUCCCACAGGGGAAAAUGAUAUGUCCCUAGAGAAGAUUAGAGUGGAACUUACUUCUGAUAUUAAGAGGAGGAAUAACAGGGAGGUGAUAAGGAUGAAAAUGGAGAAGACAUUUGCUUACAGGAGACAAGAAGUUGUUCGUAACACACCCAUGAUCCAUGAGGUCCAGGAGAGAUGGCCAGCCCUCUUUGAAGUACAAGAGACUGGUGAUGGGGAUCGUGAUGAAGACGUUGAUGUUGGGCGGGAGUGCCUUCUUAAAGGGUUAUGCAUCUACCUCAAUGAGGACCCGAGCAACCUUGUUCGAGAAAUUGUGGAAGAAGAUGAAAGUCAGAUUCAGAGGGCAGUGGAAGAAACAAUAGUGGGGAUUCUUGUUGUGAAGCGCCACAUCUUAGACCAUCCUGACAUUGUGAUCGUCUUAGAGGGGCAGCAGGUGUCGCUGGAACUAGACAAUGUGGCUUUAGCAGCAGCUCUGCUAUUUGGGCUCAUAUAUGCCCUAAAUCUGGAUUACCCUAAAGAACUGAAAUAUACAUUUGAAGUUCUCCAAAAGAUAAUCAUUGAGCUGGAAGGCACCACCAUGUCCAAAAAAUGCCAGGCCCUGAAAAACAGACUCCAUGACUAA